AUGGGUGACCUAAUUCAACUGGAUCCUGGCUAUAAGCUUGAAGGGAAUUAUACCGUAAUCAAGAAGCUGGGAGAAGGAGCCUUCGGUAAGGAGAUUGCAGAAAUAUUGAACUUUUUAUAUUAUUCAUGAGUUUUGGUGAUGGAUAAUAUAAAAAAAAUGGCAAAAUAAUCCUUUAAUAAAAAAGAACAGACACUGAUGCUUCGUAUUUUACCUUUAGAAUAUCAUUCCUCGCGGAAUUCCGACCCUAAAUUCACGUAGAACGGAAUGCCAAAAUUGGCGGGAAAUUCAAAUUUGAAUUUUUAAUUUUGGCAAAUUUUGAUGAUUGGUCUCUAAACCAUUGGAUAGGCUCUGAAAGAAGUUUUUUAGACAAAAAUUAUCAAAAAAAUCUUCAAAAUUUAUAUUACUCUAGUCUAUACCCAGACCUUCCAACCCUUAUAACUUCAGGAGCGGUUUACAAAGUGUCGGACAAAAACAACAAUCUGUACGCCCUGAAAGUGGAAGGUGUGAACGAGCAGAUCCAACUCCUCAAGAUGGAAGUCUUCGUUCUCACCGAGCUGCGCAAAGCCGGCGGUCGGCAUUUCUGUAAGAUCGAGGACAAGGGAAAAAUCGACAACUUCAACUACGUUGUGAUGACUUUUGUCGGCGAGUCGUUGGCCGAUUUGCGUCAGCGCGCCCCCGGCAAGAAGUUUUCGUUGGGGACGGCGCUGAGUGUGGGCAUUCAAGCGCUCGAGGCGUUGGAGGAUUUGCAUGGAAUCGGGUACUUGCAUCGAGACGUGAAGCCGGCCAAUUAUACCAUCGGAAGACCCGAAAUCAACGAAUUGAGAAAGGUAAAGGAUGUCGAAAUAUUCCUAAAGAAUCCUCACAGCUUUCUGCUGACUUAUAGGAUCUCUACGACACCUUUAUUUGAGUUACGGCCAGAAUUCUCCAUCUUUUGCCUACUACAAUAUAAAAAAAUGCUGUAACUUUUUUGCCAUCUUAUUUUUUGCCAUGAAUCUUUUUUCCUAGUAAAACAAAUGUCUCUUAGGUAUACGUACUUGACUUUGGAAUGGCCCGCAAGUUUGUGCACGACGAUGGGACCAUCAAGAAACCGAGAGAUGUCGCCGGAUUCCGAGGAACUGUAAAGUACGCUCCGGUCUCCUGUCACGCUCAGAGAGAACUCUGCCGCCUGGAUGAUUGUGAGACCUGGCUCUACAUGACUGCCGAGUUCACCAAAGGCAGUUUGCCCUGGAGGAAUUUAAAGGUAUCAUCUUAGGUGUGACUAGUUGAAUUAAGGGUAAAAUACGCCGUAAAAAGAAGUUUCUGUAAUAUCAAAUGAAGAUAUUGACAUUUAAAGGCCUUAUUAGCCGAAAGAAUCGUUUACUUUCUUUUUGAAACCAAGAAUGAAGCAAAAUUAUAUUACACUUGAUAUUAGACUAGAACAAACUUGAUUUUUUCUGCUUUCUUGAGGUUCUAGGAACUCAAGAUAUUGCAGAAUGACAAAUCAGGCUACAAGGAAGUUCGCGACUAUUUUUUAGACUGAAUUUUACUUUGGUUCCUAAAAUACGACCAUUUUUUGAAAAUUUUCAUAACUCGUAUUUUAGCCAGCGAAAAGCCAUAAAAUUUGAAAUUAAGGUAAAAUACGUCCCACCAGGCGCAUAACGUUUGAAUAAAUGUAUAUUUGAGCUCUGAGUUUGGUUUUUUUCUUCAUCUUUUCCAUCAGAAGCCCCAUGGAUAAUAUAAUGAUUUAGGACAUGAACGAGAUUGGAACUCUGAAGAGACGAUGUCGAGGUGGUGUGGAAAUGAAGAUGCUGUUUGGGGGAUGCCCGCGCGAGUACAUUGACAUCCUGCGAACCAUUGACGGCGGAAAGUUUUUCGAUGAGCCCAAUUACCAGAAGAUGUACAGUCUGAUGAGACAGGCCAUGAAAAACAUGAAUGUGCAGGUGAGUAUUGGCUAGUAAUCUAUUUUCAUCACUAUUGCCUCAAAUCCACUCAAAAAAUAAAGAAAUUUUCGAUUUUAGGGCAAUUUUUAAAAGCGUCUAGAAAAUCCGUCAUCGGGUAUGUCAGAAUCAUACUAGUUGCAAAGAUACGAAAAAUUUUUUUUUUGAUGAGGUUGGGCUAGUAAAAGUAACGCAAUUUCUGAUAAAUUUUUGUUGAUUACCUGAGGAAUUAAAGGUGUCAUCGUGACGGAUUUUCUGGAAUUUUGUAAUUACGCGGUUUAAAAUGGGUUACUGUAGCUGAAAGUGGUUUGGAUAAGGUGAAAAAUACACUUUUUUGUUUUUAGAUUUAUGAAAAAUUUAUAUAUUAUAUGUUUCUUGACAUUUGACGUACAAUAUUUCCAGGAAUAUCCAUACGAUUGGGAGCGAUGGGCCGAAGAAGACAAGAAGAGAAAGGAAGCCGAGGAAAAGAAGAAGAAGGAAGAAAAGGAGAAAAAGGACGACAAGAAGGAUAAGAAAGACGAGAAAGAAAAGGAGGAGAAGAAGGACAAAAAGGAAGAAAAGAAAGAAGAGAAAAAGGAAAAGGAUGAGAAGAAAGAGGAUGAAAAGGAAGACGAGUAA